AGCCAAAGGCGAGCGGUUGUUGCUCCGCUAUUGAACAUCACAAAGUGUGCGCACCUCAGCGACAUUUGCGUUAAAAACCCAGUUGGGCCAAGAAAACAUUAACCAACGCAAGAGCAAUCGAAAGCGGAGUUCAAGAACUUGUCAAGUUUAAGAAAUAAGUGCGAGCAGCUACCAACAAUUAACUGAAGAAGUGCUAAAAACUCGCGUCACCCAUACAUACAUACAUAGCUGUUUGUUUUUUUUCGGUGCAAAGUGCAGGUGCAGCAGCGGAGUCGUCGGCUAACCACACAUGACCACAAUGCCACCGGAAAUGUCCGCAACAACGGCAGCUCCCGUUGGCAGUGCACCGAGUGCCACCGCUCAUCAUCCCGCUGCCGUCGGCGGCGGUAUGCCGCGUCCAGCUUCCCCGGCCGUCGGCAGCAACACGACGACAGCCACGGCCACAACGGCGACGCGAUCCCGCUUUAUGAUCACCGAUAUUUUGGCAGGAGCCGCGGCCGCAUCGGCGGCGGCAGCAGCAGCGGCGGCCGCCUUGGCAGCCGCCUCUUCCGGCGGUGGGCGUGGCAGUCCGACGGACUCGGAGCGGGAGCAAUCGCUGGUCGCCCAGCAUCACCACCAUCACCAGCAGCAGCAACAACACCAUCAUCACCAGCAGCAGCAGCAGCAGCAGCAACAUCAGCAGGCUGCCCUGCAACAGUACAUCGUGCAACAGCAGCAGUUGCUGCGCUUUGAACGGGAAAGGGAGAGGGAGCGGGAGCGGGAACACUAUAGGGAGAGACAUUCGCCGCCUGGCAACAAUCCCUAUGCCCACCACCCCAUGCCGCCCCAUCUGCUCGCCCACUUUCCGCCCGCCCACUACGCCGUGCUGCAGCAGCAGCAACAGCAACAGCAGCAACAGCAACAUCCCCACCCGCAUCAUCUGCAGCUUGAGAGGGAACGAUUGGAGGCACUGCAUCGGCAUGGCCACGGGCUGACCGGUGAUCCUGCCCAGCACUUGAGCCACUUAAGCCACCUGAGCCACCAGCAGCACCAUCCGCAUCUGCAUCAUCCCAUGCACGAUGAGCGAUCCCGGUCACCGCUGAUGCUGCAACAAUUGGGCGGUAACGGUGGCAAUAACAACAACAAUAACAACAACAGCAGCAGUGCCAGUAACAACAACAACAACAACAACAACAGUGCUAGUGCCAACAGCAACAUCAUCAGCGGCAACAGCAGCAGCAGCAACAACAACAAUGGCAGUGGCAACGGCAACAUGUUGCUCGGAGGACCCGGCAGCAGCAUUAGCGGCGAUCAAGCCAGCACAAUCGACGACAGCGACAGCGAUGAUUGCGGGGAAACUGUUAUUGUACUUAAAUAUGGAUAUUUCUAAAGGUGGCAAAGACGACGAUGGAGAUGACAGUAUGAAAAACGGCAGCUCGGCAAACGGCGACUCCUCGUCGCACUUGAGCCUGAGCCUCAGCAAGAAGCAGCGAAAGGCGCGUACCGCCUUCACGGAUCACCAGCUGCAGACGCUGGAGAAGUCCUUCGAGCGGCAGAAGUACCUCAGCGUGCAGGAUCGCAUGGAGCUGGCCAACAAGCUGGAGCUGAGCGACUGCCAGGUGAAGACCUGGUACCAGAAUCGCAGAACCAAAUGGAAGCGUCAGACGGCGGUUGGCUUGGAACUGCUGGCCGAGGCUGGAAACUAUGCGGCCUUCCAGCGGCUUUACGGCGGUGCCACGCCCUAUUUGAGCGCCUGGCCAUACGCGGCCGCCGCUGCCGCCCAAUCGCCCCACGGGGCCACGCCCUCCGCGAUCGAUAUCUAUUACCGCCAGGCAGCCGCUGCAGCGGCCAUGCAAAAGCCUUCGCUUCCCGCCUCGUACCGCAUGUAUCAAUCAAGCAUACCGCCGGGCAUGUCGCUACCGGGCAUGCCCGCUCCCCCGCCACCCGGCGCAGCACCCAUGCUCAGCGGCUACUAUGCCGCUGCUGCGGCAGCGGCCGCAUCCGCCGGUGCCCAACAGCAGCAGCAACAGCCGCCAGCAGCUUCCCGCUCCCCAGCGACCAGCCAGAGCGCCAAUAGCGAAGCGGACUGCGAGCGGACCAGCAGCAGCAGUCGCCAGCGUCUAAUCACGCCCAGUCCGCCCCUGAAUCCGGGUAGCCCGCCGCAUCGGGAGCGCAUCAACGAGGAGGAGGACAGGGAGCGGGACGAGGAGCGAGACAUCGAGCGGGAGCGCGAAAGGGAACGAGAGCGGGACGAGGAUGAUGAGGAGGAACUGGCCCUGGAGGUCUGAGAAUCUCCGAGAGAAUUCAACCCUCCUCAUGGUUCGAUCUCACAACAAUGUCUAAAGAAAUAAGCAAGUGGGUGGUGUGUAUUUGAGAACUAUGAAAUAUGGUGAACAUCUUUUCAAAAAAAAUUUGGAACACAUUUUUUUUUUUAAAUUUUAAAGUGCAACAUAAAAUUUAAAUACACAUAGGCAUAGAUACGAUUUUUAAGCAUAUACAGCUGCGUUAAAAGUAAAGGUUUUAAAAUAUAUCUAUGUGGUUUCUCAAGAAUUGCAAACGUUUUAAGAUAUUAUGUGAAAACAUUUUUCCCUCAUUCAAAAUGCCAGCAAGACUACAAAUAAAUUAACACUAUAAAUAAAUACAACUUUAACGACCAAUCAAAAAUCCAUUACUUAUAAAAUGUUCCACUAUAGUUACCAAUAUUUUUGACACAGCUGUAGAUAAGACGUGCUUGCUAAAAAAAAACACUAAAAAUCAUGUCUGUACUGCCACUGAAAAUGUAUUUGAAAAGAUGUGUGUGGUAAACUAAAUAAAAUUUGUAUAAAUUCCACGAAAAGAUUAACAUAGAAUAACCCAAAAUGUAACAGUAUUAGACACUCCCCAUGUUCAUCUGUUUCCAAGAAUAACCCCCAAGUAAUUGUGAACAAAAAACAAAUCUAAAUAUAAAUCUUUUUUUUUUUCUAUAUUUAAUUAAACCUAGCUAUAGAUGCAAUUUUGUAAAUUUUUGUAAAUGAUUUUUGUACAUACGCAGCAGACCAACAACAUAAGCAACACGAUUUUUUUUCCAAACAAUAUAGUAUUUUUUUUUUUACAAUUUUUUUUUGUGCCUAGUCCUAAGACGUCUAUUGUGUGUAGUAAUAAUAAAGCGAAGAAAAAAAAGAGC